GCAGUGUGGAAGUAGUUGGUAGAGCGCAGGCAGUCUAAUCCACAAAACACCUUUUCAGCUACGGGAGAAAUAUACAUCUGUGUGCUUGUCUUGUCCGCAUCGCUUGGACCAAUUGGAUAGGAUUUGUAUUGAUUUUAACAGGCUCCGACAGAAGCGCAGUCAGUGAAGGACGUUUGAAUUAUUGACUUCUGAUUAGUUCUCGAUUAAGUUAUAGAUCAAAGGUUUUUUGUUUUAACAACGACAUAAGAUUAAUUUAAAUCAGAAUAUUGGUGACACUGUGCUAAAGAAAUAAAGGAGCACAGACAGCAUGGCGAGAGAGGACGCUCGGAGCUGGCAUGAAUUCACAAAAAUGAUCGGACUGUUCAGCCUGGUCACUUUACUGACUUUUCAAGGGGCGGUGUCUCAGCAGGUGAAGGUGGAACCGGAGGUGAUGUCAUACCCCAGCCAGGCGGUCAACCUGAGGUGUGCCUUUACAGACGCUGGAGGGAUACAGCUCACACAGGUAUCCUGGAUCUAUGAGCCCAAGGAGGGCGAGAGGCUCAACAUCGCCGUUUACCACCCUAGUUUUGGGGCAAGUUACCCCACAUCGCCCCUGAAGGGGCGUGUCAGCUUCACGACGAACCCCCCCUCCCUCAGCAACCCCUCCAUCCAGAUCUCGGACGUCAAGAUGACUGACGAGGGGAAAUACAUCUGUGAAUACGCCACCUACCCCAGCGGCAACGAACAGGGCGUCACCUCCCUCGUCAUGCUAGCCAAACCCAGGAACUCUGCCUCCGGGGUAACAGCGAUAGCCUCCACUGUCGCCGCGGGAGCCAAGCCAGUUGUCGUGGCCCGCUGUGAGUCGGUCGACGGUCGCCCUGCUGCCCAGAUCGCCUGGGUGACGGCUGUCAACGGCAACGCUACCUCCGCCUCUAAGGCGGGCGUUGACAACACCGUGACGGUAUCCAGCGAGUACAUGCUGGUUCCCACAGCAGCAGACAACGGCAAAGACAUCAGCUGUGUGGUGUCCCACCGGACCCAGGCCAAGCCUGAGAGCUUCCUGAUGAAACUGACCAUAGAGUACCCCCCACAGGUGACCAUCGGGGGCUAUGAUGAUAACUGGUACGUGGGUCGGACCAACGUGGCUCUGACCUGUCAGGCUACUGGCAACCCCAUCCCUACCACCCUCACAUGGAAAACUAUGACCGGUCAGAUGCCAGACACAGUGCAGAUAAAAGAAAAUGUGCUGACCGUGCUGAAGGUGGAUGAGCAGACCAACACAACCUUUGUCUGCGAGGUCAAGAACCGCCUGGGCACCGGCAAGGACCAGGUCACUGUUAUGGUCAGAGAACCCUCUAUGGUCCCGUCCAACGCGGGCGUGGUGGCAGGUGCUGUGAUUGGCUCCCUUCUGGUCCUCCUCCUCGUCGCUGCCCUUAUUGCCGUCCUGGUCACCCGCAGCCGCCGGCAACAGCAGGGUUACCGCAGCAACCCAAACCACAGCUCCUACGACAUCAAGUCACGCAUCUUCGGCAGUGGCAAGAAGGGGAGCAAGAACGGGACGGGUGCUGGCGCCGGGGGCAACGGGGCGGGCGGCAACAACAACAGCCCCAUCUACGUCUACAGGGAGGGCUCCGCCCAUGAUGGCAUGACUGAGAAGGCCAAUCACCACGUGCCGCUACACCUAGGGGGGCGUGGUGAGGGUGGGGUUGGGACGGCGCCCACGGCGCAGGACAUCCUGCUGAGCAGCGAGCUGGACGAGGCGGAACGGAGGAAGUUUGACCAGCUGGAGGACGACGAGGAGAGUUACGACCACUUCGGAGGGGGCGGGCCCAUCCUGCAGCUCCGCCCACCACAUGACCAGGAUGGAAUCAUUGGCGGUUACCUUGACGACGACAUGGAGUCUCAGCGCGACGGGUCGGUCAUCUCACGGACUGCCGUGUACGUGUAGAGAGAACGGGAGGAGAAAGAGGAGGAGGAAGGGAAAGCAGGUUGGAGGAAUGAAAGGAGAGAUGAAAUGUCCUCCUUCCAGAGGACUCGGUGGUGUUGGGUAUUACUCUCCCCACAGUGAAAUAUAUUAACAACGACCAACAAUGCAGCCCAGAGAGAGAGAGCAAGAUGAACUGAAUGAAGUGGCUGAGGGAGGGAAUGUACAGAAACAAGAUGGAGGACUGGUGCAUUGACAAGACAACUAUGCUCUCUAAUCCCAAUAUGAAGAAAAGUGGAUCACUUGGUAUCUAUCUACCAAAACAAAUGAAAGAAAUCCUAAAACGAUCUUUCUGACAUCGCUGCUCUGUCUGUGUUCCUCCUUUCCUUAGCUUAGGGACCUUGGAGAUUGAAGCCUCCUGAGACACACUGUAGUAGGGACUUGUGUGUAAAAUGGCAUCUCCAUGCAGCCGUUCCCUCACUAGCUAGAGAAACUCCUCACUAAAAUAUUCACUCUUAUCUCCACUAAACGCACAGUAGCAAUGUAAGGGGUGUCACGGUGAUAUCUGCUCCCUGCUAUUCUCGUCUCUCUCCUGUGGGACAAUGUUUGUUCCGGCUACAGUAGCCUUGUUUCUGCUGUAUGUGACAGUACUGGGGAAGGGAAAGUUUGGCAGGGAAAGUGGUCGAUGUGGUAAAGUAAAAUGUCUGAUACUCUCUCUAGUGUCUGUAUGUUGCUGGAGGCCUCCUCUCUCUUCCUCAUCAACUGGAAGUAUGCACAGAAUUGAGUUUGGGACAUUCUGAAAUGAUAAACAACUUACUGAAGGAAGGGUAGUCAUCUAGAUGAUGAGAGUGCACGAAAGAGGGAUUGAUGGAGGGAUAGGAGGAAGGGAAUGGAUAGAGGGAAACCGUACAGCUGUUCUCUCAUCUCCGGAGAGACUGGGAUAGAGGGAAACCAUACAGCUGUUCUCUCAUCUCCGGAGAGACUGGGAUAGAGGGAAACCAUACAGCUGUUCUCUCAUCUCCGGAGAGACUGGGAUAGAGGGAAACCGUACAGCUGUUCUCCCUCUCCUCCGUUUGAUCCCUCUCUUCUUGUGGUGUUCCUGACAGGAAGAGUUUUAUUGCUAAUAAGCCGUGAAGCCACCGCUCAGCUUAGCACACACACACACCAAAUUACCACCGCUCCCUUUUCCGCUCUCUCUCGCUCCCUGUCAAUCUUCUCUCUUC